AUGGCCCUAGAAUUGAAUUUAAAACCUGAAAAAAUUCCAGUAAAAGAUGCAAAUUUAAUCACUUUAGUUUUCAAUGCAAAAGUAUAUACACAUGGUUAAUAAACUUUUCCGAAAUCUCGUUAUCCUGUAGUUACUAUAAUGGGACAUGUAGAUCAUGGUAAAACCACUAUUUUAGAUUAUCUAAGAAAAAGCUCAAUCGCUUCAGGUGAAUAUGGAGGAAUUACAUAAAAAAUAGGUGCUUUUCAUGUAAUUACUCCAUAAAAUUAAAGAAUUACAUUUAUAGAUACACCUGGUCAUGAAGCUUUUUCAAAUAUGAGGUUUAGAGGGGCAAAUUCGACUGAUAUCAUUAUUUUAGUCGUUUCGGCUAUAGAAGGUUUAUAGCCACAAACUUUGGAAGCUAUUAAAAUGGCUUAUUAAAGUGAAGUUCCUAUGAUUGUGGCUAUUAAUAAAAUUGAUGUAGAUGGGGCUAGUCCAGAAGAUGUCGAAAAAUAACUUUUUGAAAAAGGAAAACUUUAAAUUGAACCGUUUGGAGGAAAUAUUCCAGUGAUCCAUGUUUCGGCUUUGAAAGGUAUUAAUAUGGAUUUAUUAUAAGAAUUAAUUCUUUUUGAAGCAGAGUUAUUAGAUUUAAAAGCAGAAUUUGAUGUAUUAGCUGAAGGAGUUGUUAUAGAAAGCAAAAAAGAUGCAAAUAAUGAUCAGAAAAUUUGUUCUGUUAUUAUUUAAAAAGGAACUCUAAAAAUUGGAGAUAAUGUAAUAAUUGGAAAUUAAUAUUGUAGAAUUAGAAGUAUUAAAGAUGAUAAAAAUAAUAAUCUAAAACAUGCCUAUCCUUCAUUUGGAGUUGAAAUUACUGGAUUUAAAUAAUUACCUUAGCCAGGUGAUGUAAUAUUUGCUUUAGAAAAUGAAUAUAUAUCUAAAGUUAUUAGUAAUUAUAGAAUUAGAAAUCAAAAAAGUUUUUAAUUUUAAGACGAAUAAUUUAUUGAAGGUUCACAAGCAAAAAUAAAAUUUAAGUAAAUUAUAAAUAUGCAAAUUUUUAUAACAAAAUAUUAAUAAAGAAAUCGUCGUGACAAGAGAUUAUUUUUUUCAGGAAAUAAAGAAUAAAUAAAAUAAAAAUUUAAUGAAAUUGAAUAAAAACUAAUUAUAAAGUUAGAAGAACAAAAUUAAAAAUUAUUGGAUGCAUAACCAGAUCAUAAAAUAAAAAUAGAAACGGAAAUUGCGAAUAUAGAAGAAGAUAUCGAAAAAAAUAGACUAUAUAUAGCAAAUCUUAUAGAAGACGAAGAAGAAGAUAACGUAUUAAAUAUAAUAAUAAAGGCUAAUGAUUAUAGUAUGAAAGAAACACUUGUUAGUUAGAUAUUAAAACAAUAAAAUAUGAAUAAAGAAAUGAGUUUAAAUAUAACAAACGCCUCUGUAGGAUAAAUAACAGAAUAAGAUUUAAGAGAAGCGGAAAUGUUUAAGGCAAUUAUCAUAGGGAUGGAUAUAUAAAUACCCCCUGAAUUAGAAGGUUAAAUAAAAUAAAAAAACAUAAUUAUAAAAUCUCAUAAGAUUAUUUAUAAUUUACUUGAUGAUAUUAAAAGAUUCUUACAAGAAACUAAAUUUGGAUUAAAAGAAGGCGAAAAAUAAAUAAGCAAAGGAUAGGCUACAGUAUCAAAGUUAUUCGAAAUAUAAGGUGCUAAAAAAGAAAGAUUAGUUGUGGCAGGGUGCAAAAUUUAAAGUGGAGUUAUAAAUAAAGGAUUUAUGUUUAGAUUAAUAAGAGAAGAUAAAAUAAUAGAAAAAAAUCUAGAAAUAAGUAGCUUAAAACAUUUCAAAAAAGAAGUUUAGUAAGUAAGGGAAGGAAAUGAAUGUGGAAUUAUGCUACUUAAAUAUAACGAUAUUGAAGAAGGUGACAUAAUUGAAGGAUAUGUUAUUGAAAAAUGA